CUCUACCUUUGACUUCCAGGCAGCUGUGAGGCAUCUCAUGUUCUAUACGACAGGAACAGACUGAUAUCUGUGACACACUUAGAAAAGCUGUUGAAGUGAUACGCAAGGCUCAAGAUCAGCGAUUCGUCUGUUUGGAGAUGAGAGAGGAGAAUGUUUGUUUUCUACAUGGAUCUUUGUUUCAGCUGUGGAAGGAAACUGUAAAGACUCUUCUUAAACUUGAUCACUGGAUGUGCUGGGGAGCUUUAACACAACAAAAGUCCAACCAAAAGACAUAAGAAGGUAUUUUGCAAAACUACCUGUAUACUUUUCCCCUCUGAGGAUUUUAUUUUCAACAUUUUCUAAAGUGAAAGGACAACAACUUUUUAAUAUUUUUGCUUUUUGCAAGCUUUUUGAAGAUGAGUGUGAACAAUAGCAGCAUCGUCCGCUGUGAAAGAAAUGAUGAUUUCAAGUACCCGAUGUACAGCGUCAUUUUCAGUAUUGUCUUUUUUGUGGGAUUUUUCUUCAACAUGACAGCGAUGUACAUCUUUGGCUGUAGGCUGAAGCUGCGGAACGAGACCACGACAUAUAUGAUCAACCUGGCGGUCUCAGACUCCCUCUUUGUCUUCACGUUGCCUUUUCGGGUUGUGUACUUUGUUAAACGUGACUGGAUAUUUGGCUCCGUAUUUUGCAAGAUCUCUACAGUCCUCUUCUACACAAACAUGUACGGCAGCAUCCUCUUCCUCACUUGCAUCAGCGUUGACCGCUUUCUGGCCAUCGUGCACCCGUUCUGGUCCCGGACAAUCCGAACCAGGAGGAACGCAAAAUUGAUCUGCAUUAUGGUGUGGGUGAUAAUCCUCUCUGCAAGUAUCCCCACAGGCAUCAACCUGGACACCACCUCUAAAAACAACAGUCAAUCUAACGAAAGCUUCUGCUUUGAGAACUAUUCCAAAGAUCAGUGGAAAAGCGAACUGUUCAAAGUGGUGGUGUUAAUAGAGACGAUAGGCUUCAUCCUCCCACUGGUGAUCAAUGUUUUCUGCUCCACUAUGGUGUUAUGGACCUUGAAGAAACCCCAAACUAUCACCCGAGGAGGAAGCAUCAACAAGGCCAAAAUCUUGCGGAUGAUCUUCGUGCAUCUGUUAGUCUUCUGCUUCUGUUUCAUCCCAUACAACGUGAACCUCAUCUUCUACGCCCUGGUCCGCUCCAAGGUCCUCAAGGGAUGCACGGCAGAGGACGUGGUCAGAACUAUCUAUCCCAUCGCUCUCUGCUUAGCAGUGACCAACUGCUGUUUUGACCCAGUUAUUUACUACUUUACGUCAGAUGCAAUUCAGAGCUCCAUUAAACAAAAAGGUACUAAAUCAUAUAAUGGAGCUUUUAAUAGACUGCAGACGGACAGCCCUCAGAGCAGCCCUAACUUGACACCAAAAAGCCUUACAUUGAAGAGUUUCCAAUCCAAAGUGCCUGACGAUAAUUAACUCUAUCCAGUGCUGGAGCUCAUCUUGCUUGGAAUUUAAUGGCAAAUAUAUCUCAUUCAAUUGACGCUCAAGAGACUUUGGACUUCUAACGGCACUGUGACAGUGAAAGGGGUCUUACCCAACUGUUGCAACAUGCAAAUCUUCACCAGGUGGACGGUUUACAAGAUGGGUAAUAAACUCCAUGCCGAACCAACUGUCUGCACUAGGAAAGAAGAUACUUGAUGCUGUAUGUAUGUUAGCUUUGACCUGCUCUAUUCAUCAGAGCAGACGUUCUGUAGACUAUUUAAAGACAGUAGAAUAUUUUUUUUAUGAAACAAAACUGUGCAGAAUUCCUGUAAUGUGUGGUAAUAUUUAACUCUGUAUACACUUUUUAAUGAAGCAUGUUAAAUAGAAAGCUUUUUUAUAUAAAUACUAAAUAAAUAUUUAGCUUCUUUAAGGUUUAGAACUACGUGUAUUCCUUGUGUAAUUUACUUUGGUGAGGAAAGAAUAUUUGGAACAGAAACUAUGACCUGUUCAUGAGCCUUUGCCUUUGUUUGAACCAUGGUUCACCAACACACAUGUGGUUGGUAAAAGGUGUACUGUACAG